UGAGGCGGAAGCUUAGCUGAGGAAUUUCCAGCGAGAUUAUGCCCAGGAGGAGUAGGUAACAAUCCACAGGCAGGGUUCGUGACUUGCUUGCCACGGAUCGGUCGACCACUACUAGGAACGAUUAGUGAGGCCGGGGCAUAGCGUACUCCGUGCCUGAACUUUUGACCGAAUUGGCACUGCGCCUCUUCUGACAGGACAAGUGCCUGCGUUUCCCCGGUUGGAACGUUCACCGUUGGCAUCGUGCAAGGCCUGCCAUUACUGACGACAUGGAGCAAAAGCAGAUGCUCCUUAUCAUUUGACGGCCAUUAGGGCGAGUGACAGCACAUCACCAUUCUUCUGCGUUACGGUGAUGACCUGUUCCCAGAUCCAGUCGGCACACAGACCAGCUCCCAACCCCAAGAAAGCGGGCAAUAGGAGGCUUCCUUAAGCCAUCGUCACCCGAGAUCCGAAUGAGACAACCGGGAGGUGCAGGUGGUUCCUGGGACCGCCAAGUAGGGUGACAAAAACCGAGCAGAAACAAGGAGGAUUAGUUGCUUAUCAGGCAGGGUCAUUGGGUGCCAGACAGACGUGGGUUUGAAAUAGGAUCGGUCCCAGAGACGCCUAUGGCUGAAGCAAGUUGCAGAGGUUGCAGCGUUGCAGACGGCCAAUCCGGCGACCAAUCUCACAGCCAGUCAGUAAGCUUCGCAGGAGACGGAUCGCAGAGCAAGUCAAGGCCUGGAGCAGCCGAGCUGAGGCCUGGAGACCCAAAGACCAAUGAGUCCCGCAGUCUCACCAGCCACGGCAAAAGAAGGUGGAAAGCAGGCGGCCUGGGUUGGGCAUACGAACUCACCCCUCGCGACCAGGCGGCUCUCCACUGCCUGUGCCGAUGCCUCAGUGGCCCACGGGUCGGUUGGCGCUCACGGUGGAAAAGUCACUAGAGAUCUAGAGUAAAGUGGCUGCAUUGCCUGCCAGUGUCGGACGACUAGACUACACACGACUAUCGACUAGACCUAACAUUCUUAUUCUUGAGGAAUUCCUGGUGUUGCUGCUCGGCCGACCGCUGCACUGCACUGCACUGCACUUCUCUGCUUCAUUGCUCGUGCCUCUCUGCGCUUGCAGGCAGUGGUGAUCUCUUCACAGAUCUGGAAGCCCGCGAAUCGUCCCAUUCCUCAACCGUGAUCUACUUCCCCUAAUCGGGACCCGACGCCCGUACCAACCAUCCCCCCAGCGAGUUGGGCCGGUUGCCCUGGCCAGUAGCCCCACGAGUCAGAACUCUGGCUGGAUCCUUAGGGGCGUGACAAGCUCUAGUAUUCCUAGCCUACCUACGCUUUGACGUGCCGGACCAUCACUACAUAUUUGACACUGUUGGACCUUUCUCCUUCCUGAUGCUCGAGUACGAUCGAUCCCUCAUGCUCCUAUCCCCCGGUAUCUGUACCAGCAUGGCUUCUCAGCAACAGCAGCAUCCUCAUGCUGCAGCUCAGGUGGCCGAGAAGGUGAUGCGGAGAGUGGAAAUUGCAAAGGUUGCUCGAAACCUUCAAGACUGCCUAGCCUUUGCGAGCUUCAAAGCCCAGAACGGCUGGCAAGAUCGGACCCUCUCCACCAUUGAACCCGAGUUCACGGAAAAGCUUAAGAGGAAGCGGCCGUUCCUGGAGGACGACAAUCCGUCCGAUGGCUCCUCCGAAACCGACGACGAUUAUGCUCCUGCUUCAUCGAUUGCAAAGAACCGUUUCUCCAGACCAUCCGAAAAUCCCUUCAAAGUUCCCCAGCCACCGUUUGCUUCGAGAAAAAGAGUCAGGUCAUCGUCAACAAAUGGUUUCGGCAGGCAGUCUGGCAGCUCGACAUGGAAGCAAGACCACCGUCUCUCACAAUCAUCUCCUGUGCUAGGACGAUCACAUUCCUUCCGAGAGAAUAAUAACCUGUACCACGCAGAUCCUCCCAGCCUACCUACUCGGCACAAUAACGACGAUUCUCCUAUGUUUGAUGUCCAUUCCGACGAUGAUGAACAUGAUAUCCCCAUGCCGUCCUUCGCCGACCAGCCAUCGAGCAGUAUCUUGUCUUCUUCACCUCCGCGAACACCCCCACCCACCAAACGUCUUGUCAAUGUGAAUGCAAAGGCAGCCGGUGCCGAUCUUCUUCUCUAUCUAGCAAACUCACCAUCCCGUUCGCCAGCGAUCAACUUCCACCGAGCGUCUAGCUCCUCCAAGGAGCCACCUUCUACCCCACCAACCCAACAUUCUCACCUUCCAUCCUCAGUAAUGACCACGCCAGGAACACAUCUGGGAUUAUUCAACGGUGCUUUGCAAACUCCAGGACAAAACUUCAACCUCGCCGAUUUCUGCAAUGUUACACCGUCUCCAGCCCAGGCUCAAUGGGGUGGCCGAACACCUAGUGUGGCCAAGACGCCCAGUAGAUUUGCUCGACGAAGCUUGAACUUUGACGCCUUGCAACCGCCGUCUGGUAGCCCAACCUUACAGCGCAAGACGCCAACUACUCAAGGUCUUGCCCUUCAACUCGGAGAGGAACUUAUUCCAAGAUCAUGACGGAGUUGUUCACCCUUUGCCACAGCAUGGUCAUAACGUCGGCUGAAAUAGGCAAAGGUUGUUCAAUUGCUCCAUUACGAUAUACCAAAGAAAAAGACACACAAUAGUUGUGUCAUGAACAAAUCCAAAUGUCACGAUAAACAUACACGCCAUGCGACGAUUGAGGUGGAUUGCAGCGUUUUUUCUCCUGCGACAGAACAAAUCGGGAUUUGCGAUGCCGUUGUUGAAUUGCUUUGUACAAGUAUGGGAGGAGCCGUGGAUAUCCUCAACUGCUAUGACUGUUGUGCAAGCUGCCAAUUCUCAGCAGAGAAAAGAUAAGCCGGAUGGAUUGCGAGGACAUAUUGUUUUUGGACUAAAGGGAGUUUGUUUGCGUGCUAGCAUUGCCUUGCCUUGCCUUGCCCUUGCAUUUACGGUUGCGUUUUCUGCAAUGGUCCCUCUGUAUGAGGCCAGCAGAUGGGGCCUUCCAGCAGUUAAUUCAACAAGUCGUCCACCCUAGUAGGUAGCCCAAGUAGGUAGUCAGAACCAGCAAAUACAAUAAGCAGUACCAAAUAUCAUCUCGAACUUCGCAUCGC